AUGAAGUCUACCACGGUAUUCUCGUUGCUCUCUAUCGUCCUCGCUGGUGUAGCUAGCGCGCAUGGUGGCGACCUUCUCAACCAAGGCUGCCAGCCCAUCGUAAAGCGCUCCUUGGGCGUACAAAAGAGGCAGCUUCAGUCUGGCGGCGAGGGCCAGUCCGUGACCGCUGGUGGUGGCGCUUCCGCUGCUCGAUACAGCUGCGACCCCAACUCCUGCAAGUUGCCCAGGUGUCACUGCGCCGACACAAACCCUCCUGGUGGCCUCGACCCCAAAGACGUGCCUCAGUUCAUUGUCUUCACCGCCGACGAUGCCGUGCAGGACUACACGAUCAACUCGAUCAACCAAUUCCUCGCACAGCGCAAGAACCCCAACGGCUGCGCACCACUCAUGUCGUACUUUGUCUCGCUCAAUUACACCAAUUACGCUCAAGUCACCGAGCUCUAUGUCAACGGCAACGAUAUUGGCGAUCACACUAUGACUCACCAGGAGCAGCCCGCUACCAACGCCGAAAUCGACGGCAAUCUCAUCACGCUCAAUGCACUUGCAGGUAUCCCGUACAAGUCGAUUAUCGGCUACCGUGCGCCCUUCCUCAACUACAGUCGUGCCAACCUCGAGCACUUGGCCAGCACUGGAUUCACUUAUGACUCGAGUUCGACCGCCUCUGUGCCUGUUACAGACCCCAACACGGACGCUUUCUGGCCCUACACGCUCGAUAACGGUAUGGCCAACGAUUGCAACUCGGUCGCCAAUAUUUGCGGUGGACAGCCUAAGCUGCCCGGCUUCUGGGAGAUUCCGAUGUAUGCCAUCUUUGACGAGCGUGGAGCUGCGGGUGCCCAUCUCAUGGACCCUUGGCUCGACGCUGCCAACGCUUCCGACGUGCUUUCCUGGAUGAAGAACACUUUCACCGAUCAUUACAAUGGCAAGAGACAGCCGUUCGGUAUCUACACGCACCCGAUCCAUCUCGCCACUGGCUAUCCCGGUCUCAAGGAUCCGGUCGACCAGAUCAACAUGCUCAACGAGUUCCUCGACUGGGCUACCACUUCCGCCAACAUGCAAAACGUGUGGAUUAUCAGCAACAAGCAGCUGAUUGCGUGGAUGCAGAACCCGGUACCCGCGAGCCAGCUCAACACGCUCGACGCGUUCAAGUGCCAGACGCCCAACGUUCAGCAGCACAUUUGCAAUGGGUUCAAGGCCAACAACGACCUGCUGCAGCACUGCAUUUCCAACACAGCCGGCGAUCCGCUCAACAACUCGCCAUUCUACACGUGCUACGGCUGUCCCGUCACGACGCCAUCGCCUCAGCAGCCCAACCCGCCUCAGAAGAACAAUGACAACACGGUUCGCACGCGCAUCCCCAAUAAUUGUGACACUCCCUUCUGGGACCCCGUCGCUGCCAAGUGUCUGUGCACCGGUUCUACUUGUGCGUUUGACGACUCGACGCGCCCCAUUGGCCCGAACGGCUCGAACCUGACUUCGACCGGUUCGCAGAACACAGGUUCUCCGGCUGGUUCGUCGCCGAGUGCCAGCUCGGACCCCUACAGGACGUUCGGCAGCGGUGCCGGCCGUCUGUCGUCGUCGAGCUUGAUUGGCUGGACCGUGUCUGUUGUGGUAGCUGCUGUGGGCGGUGCUAUGAUGGUCUUUAUCUAA